AGCUCCCUCCCCACCCAUUCUAAAUCCACACCUACCUUACAUUCUUUCUGAUCACAGUGAUUGCUUUGCAACAAGGUGAGCCAUGGCUCUUAGGAUCAAGGCCACUCUACUAGUUCUCUUACUACUCACUUGCAUAUCUUCGGGCAUAGUUGAAGGCUUCAGUGAUCGCGUGAAACCUACUCACUCACUCCUCAAGGAUGGCGGUGUCCAAAUGAAUUCAAGAAAGCUGCUUAAUUCAAUGUUAGAUUAUGACUAUGCUGGAGCAAAUUCUAAGCAUGACCCCAAGAAGGGGAAACCUGGUGGGGGUAAUGGCAAGAGCCCCUGACUCAUCCUGCAGGUUCAACCUGAACUAAAUAACGAAAACUAUGCUAAAGAGGUUUUUGAUAAUGUAUGAGAAGAUGUGAGAAAGAACUUGUGUGUGUUUAUCUAAUAUUGCUAGUAUUGUGGAAGCCCUGUUGUGGGCAUAGAGAUGCCAUAAAAGCUUAUUCAGGAUAGUAUUUCAGAUGUUAUCUAUGUACUUAUUUAGCUAUUGCUUUACUUAUAAAAGGUAAUAAUAAAUAAAGUUUCUGUCACUUAAUAAGAUAUGCAGUUGAAUGAGGAAAACAAAUUAAAAAAAAACGAACAACAUUAAUAUAAAACAAAUGCAUUGAAGAUACAAAGUGAAAGAAUUGACCAAGGAUAUGCUGAUCAAGUAAUCACAAUAAUUCAACAAGGCACUGUAAUAGUGGUGAGCCAUGCUCGAGUUAAGAGUUAUAAGCUUAUGAAACAUUUUUCAUAUGUGACAAUUAUUAACUUUAGCUUGUUUGGAUCGUACUAAUGUACUUUAUCUUAAAUAAAUGUUGUCUAUUUGCAAUCAAAACAAAGUUUGAGACACACAAAAACACUUUUGGUAUAUGCUUCAGAGGGCCCACAGAACAAAAAAGAUGAUGGUUGAUGACUAUAUGUGCAACAUUCAGAAUCAGUAAGAUAUUAAGAUCACUGCAGCAUAAACAGGGAAAUUAAAGGUUCUUCACUGUCAAGUUCCAUGCCUUUUUGGGGGCUAACAUAUAUAGGUGUUUUGCAUAUGCUUAAAGAGAGACACCCCCCACCAACAAAAAGAAAAAGAAAAAGAAGGAAGCUUUGCCAAAAUGAAGUUUGACAAUUUUGUUUCUUUAUUUUUCACAUCUUCUUUCAAGAUUUUCAUCAUAUGAUCACACUAUCUGUCACCAAUUUUCUUUGAGAAAUGAUGUUUCAGAACACCAACCUUUUUU